AGUUCGCCUCUGCCUUCGACAGUGUUUGCCAACUGGACAGCAAUGGCGCACUUGACGCGUUUAGCUUCACUGUGGGCGGCGCUGCAGGUGUUUGUGGCCGCGGCCGAUGCGGCAACUUCGAAGAGCGCCAAAUGCCAUGCGCCGAAGGUAGACACCAAGUGUCAUUCUGAGGUCAUGUACGCAAUGCUGGAUGGUUUCGCAAAGCAUCCUGAGCACUACAUUGGUCUCACCACCAAGUCAAACUACCGAGACUUCCAGGCUUACUUUUGGAACCUUGGCAUGCACGACUGCCCUCGACCCUGCAUGGCACAGGAGGAGGCAUGCGUCAAGUUUGAUGAAAAAUACCCGUGCAUGCAAGACGUGAUGUGGGCUGCAUACCACGGCAUAGUGGAGAAUCCUGAGUGGUACCCGGAGCUCAGAACGGGCUUGCCCUUGAAGGACUUCGCGCUUGUUCUCUACACGCACGGGCAGCCAGGGUGCCCACGACCCUGUGACGAAGGCGAGCCGGAGGGGCACUUCGUUCCGUACAACCCCAAGGUGAAUCCUGAAGAUGAGGAUGAGGACAAGGAGUCACCAAAAUCCAAGUCCGACAAACGGAAGAUAGCAGAUGAUGAUGAGGAGGACGCCACGAGCGCAGCUGAGCCCAAGCAAAUUCAGCGACUGAAGAGUCUGCUGCGCUUUGAGCAUGCCAGCAAAACUGUGCAGAAAUUGCAGAUGUACAAGGAUGACUGCGCCAGGCCUGGUGUGCUUUGGACACCUGCCAUGUCUGACACGUUCGUCCGAAGUCUGAAGUCUUCAAAUGAGUGCCGCUUCCACUGCAGGAAGUAUGAUGGUGCCGGAUACUACCUGUACUAUGCCUCCUUGGGAAUUUGCCAUUGCGCGGUGUAUGGUGCGACGAAGCAGGAGGUGGCCGAUGUCAACAACCUGGCUGGCCGUGUGGAUUGCGGUGAGGACUGGGAGAAGGUCAACAAGGAGACUGCAAAGCUGGUGGAAGCUGUGGACAGCGGUUGCUUCAAGAUGAAUGUGGGCUAUGGACCCGCAGUCGGAGAGCCCAUUCCAACCAAGGUCAAGGAUGCCGUGGAAUGCCAAGAGAAGCUCCGUAGCUCUGGCAUGGCUGCAGCCCAACAUUUCGUGUUCUACCCGUUGGACAGCACCUGUCGCAUCGUGGCACCUGGCGCCCCUGAGAUGCGUGUGCCGGACAUCAUCUCUGGGCCGAAAACCUGCGAGGCGCAGCAGAUCCAAAUUGCGAUGAAGGCUGACUUCCGACAGAUGGCGCACACAGCAACGACUCGACGUUUGGUGUGGUUCAUCGGAGUGCCUUCUGGGGUGAUGAUGGUACUGCUCAUCGUCGGUGGCGCCAUCUUCAGCGUGCAGAAGCGAAUCCGACGAAGCACAGCCCGGGACUACUUCUUCAAGUCUAGGGGAGAGGACAUGGACCUGAGCAUGGGCCUUGACUUGGACGAUUGCAUCGAAGAAUGAGUUUGCCCGGAGCCCGCCCGCGGGGGAAUUUUCCACGGCCUGGGGCGGGCUGUGGCCAGAAACUGUGGAUGCAUUGUGUCACCCAGGGGAGUCCCGACGCACUUCACGAGAUGCCGAAUGUAUCAUCUGAGAAGAACGUCACCGGAACGUUGGAAGUCUCCUUGGCUAAAUAUUGCCACCGUAGCUAGCUUUCGGUAUUUCGGAGGGCUGCAACUGCACAAUGGCUAGUGCAGCCUGCAACUGUCUUGAGCCUGCCAGACCUUUGCUGCUAAGCCUGCCGCGGGGACGGCUGAUUCCUGUGCUGUCCUUGGGCAGGAAGCGAUUUGCUGUGGAACUUAGACCGCACGCUGCUUUGUAGGCAGGGG